AAACUUUGCGGCCCAGGGCGGCUGGGCGCGGCGCACUCGCGCCCGGGCCUAGACGCACCCCCGGAGCCCGACGACGCCGAGAGCCAUGGCCUCGACCCUCCGUUCUCCGUCCCCGCUGCUGGUGCGGGUGUCCGAGUCCAGCCCCCGAACACGCUUGAAGCUGGGAAUCUACUUCCAGAGCCAGAACUCUGGCGGCGGGGAGUGCACCGUCCAGCCCCUCGACCCCAGGGACCAGGUCACCUUCCAGGUGACGUUCAUGGAAAGGGAAGCUAAAGAGAGAGUUUUGAAGAAAGAAAAGCAUCAAAUUAUCAUUGACAACAAACUUGUGACUGUUUUUCUGGAGCCCACUGAGAAUCCAACAGAGAAGAAUGCAAGACCCAGAACAUCUUCGCUGGCACAGUCACAAGAUGCUUCUGGUGAAAGGCAUCCAAACAAAGAACAUAUUCCUAAUGCCGUGGAUUCCUGUGUCCAAAAGGUGAUUCUAAUGUGCAGACAGAGCUGAGAACCUCUGGGCUGUAGCAUACGGCAUCCUCCGCAAAAAGGGUUUGAAAGAAGUCACCCUCUCUGCUAAGGAAAGACAUAAUGGCUAUUUGUCUGGUCUCUAGACACUGUCCUGACAGGAGACUGUUGAGCUGAUGUCUGAGAGAUUUUGUUUGUUCCUUUUAAAAUUUCAGAUCUUUCUUAGUGUCACAGCUGACCUGAACUGUGACCUCUUCUCUAAAGAGCAGAGGGAACACAUAACCACCAUCUGCCCCAACAUCAAAAAGAUGGAAGGGCACAAUGGAAUUGAGAAGGUGUGUGGUACCUUCGGAGAUAUUGAAAAAAUACAUAACUUCUUGAAUAAGCAACUCCGGGAAAGGGGGCAGAAACAUGAAUCUUCCUCUUUGACAACAGAGAAGGAGCCAGUCCAUCAGCACCAGAACGGCUGCCCUUAUUCCCCUGAACCAAAAAACAGGGCAGAAGAAAAAAGUGGCCAUUUUGAAAUUCCCUUGCCUUUCUUUGAAUACUUCCAAUUAAUCUAUCCUGAUAAAAUGGACUCAAUACAGAACAGAUUUGGUGUAAAAAUAAUAACCCAGCAGAGUUCGAACAUAGUCUAUUUAGACUUCACCUCGAAUCAACCAGGUGACCUCAGAGCAGCUCAGGAGUUUUUUGUCAGUGAAUUUCAGAAAACUGUAGGACUUCUGGAGCAACAAUGUGUUGCUUUCGCAGACAGUAAGCAGGCAAAUAAAAUCAAACAGGAAUUGAAUCAUCGGUUUACAAAGCUCCUUAUAAAGGAGAAAGGAGGAGAAUUAACUCUCCUUGGGACCCAAGAUGACAUUUCAGCUGCCAGAUAUUUUUUUGCUCUGAAAGACUCUGAAAGUCUUGUCAUGGGACCUGUGAAAAUAUCAACUCCCAGAUGCAUGAUGAAUGGAAUUGAAGUUGAUACUUUUCAGUAUAAGCUUUUAGAAGCUGAAAUACUCCAGGAGAUACCAAAGAUAGAAAAAAAGUAUGACACUCAAUGUAAGGUUUCAGGAAACACUGAGAAAACCUGCAUCCUAUUUGAACCUAAGGACAAGGAAUUAGAUCUGUCUGCCCAUGCUUAUGCAAGUUUCAUUGAUGUCUAUCAACAUGUGUCAUGUCAGGUGAUGAGAGAAGUUCUUUCGCUGAAACCUUUGGGCAAAGAGAGAAUGCACUUACAUGGGACCAAGUUUGCUGAUGGCUUUAGGAAACAGCAUCCUAAUGUACACUUUGUACUGAAUCAAGAGUCAAUGACUUUGAUUGGAUUGCCAGAUCACCUUGCAAAGGCAAAGCAGUGUAUCUUUAAAAAAGUGGGGAUGUCCCCAUUAGCUGGAGACAAAUGGAAUGAGGACCAUGAAACAUCCAUGGACAUUGACAGUAAUGAUUCAAAAACAGCUUCACCCACAUUCCAGCACUCUGCCGGUUCUGGGGCGUCAGGCAUGGACAAGGAAGAGGACAUAUGUAGCAUCUGCAUGGACAUGAUUAGUAACAAAGAAGUGCUACCCAAGUGCAAGCACGAAUUCUGCUCCCCUUGUAUCAACAAAGCCAUGUCCUAUAAACCGGUCUGUCCUGUGUGCCAGACUUCCUAUGGUAUCCAGAAAGGCAAUCAGCCAGAGGGAACCAUGACUGUCACUGUCCUAGGAGACUCACUUCCAGGUUAUGAAUCCUGUGGCUCCAUUGUGAUUAAUUAUAACAUGAAAGGAGGCAUUCAAACAGAAAAGCACCCAAACCCAGGAAAGGCAUACUCUGGAGUACAACGAACAGCAUACCUGCCCAAUAAUGAGGAAGGAAUCGAAGUUUUGAGACUGCUUCGUAGGGCCUUUAACCAAAAGCUGAUUUUUACGGUGGGGGAGUCUCGAGUAUUAGGAAUCUCAGAUGUCAUUACAUGGAAUGACAUCCACCACAAAACAUCCCGUUUUGGGGGCCCGCAAAAGUUUGGCUACCCUGAUCCUGGUUAUUUGAAACGUGUUAAACAAGAGCUGAAAGAUAAAGGAAUUGAGUAAGAAAACUGCUGGAAGGAUGUCUUGAGCCAAGCUUUCAAAAGACACAGUUGAAGAAACAUCUUUAAAUUUUUUUUCAUCUCAAGAAGUGGUCUGUUUAGAAGUAAGAAUCUACUAGUCUGUCA